AUGGUGAACUCGCUGCUGUUCGGAGAGAUGGCCUUGGCCUUCGGCUGCCCGCCGGGUGGCGGCGGCGGCGGGCCCGGGGGCUGCCCGGGCGGGGGCGGCGGCGGCGGCGGGGCCGGGCCCGGGCCGUCGCCGGUGACGGCGGCGCUGCGGGACGACCUGGGCUCCAACAUCCACCUACUCAAGGGGCUCAACGUGCGCUUCCGCUGCUUCCUGGCCAAGGUGCACGAACUGGAGCGGCGCAACCGGCUGCUGGAGAAGCAGCUGGAGCAGCAGCAGAGCGAGCGCGAGCGGCGGCUGCGCUACAAGACCUUCUCCCGCGAGCAGGCCGUGCAGACUGGGCCGGAGCUGCUGCGGCCCCCCGCUCCCGGCGGCGGGCCGGGCGGCGGCGCGGCGGCCGGCGCCAACGCCAACCACGCCGCGGCCCUGGGCGGCCUGCCCCCCGGUGGCGGCUCGCACCCGCAGUACUACGGCCGCCUGCCCGGGACCAUCUGGAGCUACACGCAGGUGCGGCGCACGGGCGGCGGCGGCGUGGAGACCGUGCAGGGCCCUGGAGUGUCGUGGGUGCACCCCGACGGCGUGGGCGUGCAGAUCGACACCAUCACGCCCGAGAUCCGCGCGCUCUACAACGUGCUCGCCAAGGUGAAGCGCGAGCGCGACGAGUACAAGCGGAGGUGGGAGGAGGAGCUCGCCAAGCGCGUGAACCUGCAGACCAUGGUGGACACGCUGCAAGAGGCAGCGCAGGAGGCGGAAGCCAUCCAGGAGGAGAUGAACGAGAAGAUUGAGCGUCUCAAGGCCGAGCUGGUGGUGUUUAAGGGGCUCAUGAGUGACCCCAUGACAGACCUGGACACAAAGAUCCAAGAAAAGGCCAUGAAAGUCGACAUGGAUAUCUGCCGCCGGAUCGACAUCACGGCCAAGCUGUGCGAUGUCGCGCAGCAGCGGAACUCGGAAGACGUGUCCAAGAUCUUCCAGGUGGUCCCCAAAAAGAAAGAGCGUAAGGUGGCUUCCGACGACGACAUCUCCGAGCAGGAUGGGGAGGUGAACCGGUUCUCAGACGACGAGGUCGGCUCCAUGAACAUCACGGACGAGAUGAAGCGCGUGUUUAACCAGCUGCGGGAGACCUUUGACUUCGACGAUGACUGUGACAGCCUGACGUGGGAAGAGAAUGAAGACACGCUGCUGCUCUGGGAAGACUUCACCAACUGCAACCCGAGCCUCGACCUGCAGGGCGAGCAAGAGGAAAACCUGGGCAACCUGAUCCACGAGACCGAAUCCUUCUUCAAGACGAGAGACAAGGAGUAUCAGGAGACGAUCGGCCAGAUCGAGCUGGAGCUGGCCACGGCCAAGAGCGACAUGAACCGCCACCUGCACGAGUACAUGGAGAUGUGCAGCAUGAAGCGGGGCCUGGACGUGCAGAUGGAGACGUGCCGCCGGCUCAUCAAGGGCUCCGCAGACAGGAAUUCACCAUCCCCAAGCUCCGUGGCCAGCAGCGACUCAGGAAGUACAGACGAGAUCCCGGACGACUUUGAGCGGGAGGCGGACGUGGAGCCCAUGGUCAGCUGAUGACUGAGGCACGCCCCCACCCCCCCCAGCCCGUGCCUGGUGGUCUUGGCGAUGGGGCCUCUGCCCGCCUCUCCCCACGGGGCCAGGAAGUGGGGCUCCCAGCCCUGACCACGCAGACUUCCUAUGCCCUCCCUUCUCUGGAGGCCCCCAGGGACCGCUGCUUCCUUCCUUCCUUUCUCCGCCCACCACCAACCAGUGCCCCCCUCCAUCCACCCACCCAAGGAAUGGUGCUGUCAAUUUCUAUUGUUCUCCACAUCACAAAUGCAGACUUCUGUCCGGACGAUGCAGUGUUAACUGUGCCUUUUCCCUUCAGCUGAGCCACUUUGAGCUCCAAAGAAUUAUUCCUAGCAGGCGUUUUUAUACAAAACCCUAAGGUGAGGGCGGGGGGGCCCCCCCGGGUGUGGUCAAUGCCUUUUUCUACCCUCCCACCUGCUCCUCUGAUUGGCCAUGAACUCUGCCUUCCCGCCCCUGCUGGAGUUGAACUUGGGAUGGUCCACCUCCCCCCCAGGAAGGCGCCACCUGCCUUCACCUUUCCAGGCCUGGGUGGGGACUUCCCGAGGGCAUGUCAUUUACUGAAGGGGAGAGAAGGCUAGAAGGAGGGAGGGAAGGACAAAUUUUUCUUUUCUUUUUGGAUCGAGUGGCAAAGCAGAGGGAGAAGGCACUGUGGGGGAAGGUGGAGCCUCACUGUGUUUAAACUACUAUGCAAAAAAAAACACAAAAAAACAAAAAAAGCAGCUUGCCUUAUACCAUUGUGGGAGGCGGGCCCUCUCCCAACUAGCUCCUUGGUUUUCCCCUGGAGCUGGGAAGGAGGCAGAAGCUAGGGUGAUCUCUCUCCCUCUCUCUCUCUCUCUCUCUCUCUCUCUCUCUCUCUCUCUCUCUCUCUCUCUCUCUCGCAGCCUCUGCAGGUGAGCACUGACUUGGGAGGGGGUUUGGUCAAGGUUGGUAGCGAGGUGGGGGUCCUGAGGACCUCAGCCACCUGACUGCUUGCUUUCUAGGAACUUCCGUGGGUUGGGGAGGUGGGUGGGGGUUGGGGGUGGGGAAUGUCUUUUUAUUGCCCUGAUGUUUUUUUUUUUUUCCCCAGCCAACAAUAAGGGGUUAUAGAUCUGAAAUUUCUCUGUGAGAAAGUCUGGAGGGGGCCAGGCCUGGUAGCCACCGCCUCCUCCAGGGAACUGGGUCAGUACUGCCUGCCAGCAUCUUGGUUCUCCACUGUGCCCCAGCUGCCCACUGUUUGGCCACCGGCGGGCACUGGAAAGGGAAGCAGAGGGAGGCAGCGGGGACUGCUGGCAGAGGAGGUGGCCGGAGCGGGAGGUGGCCGGAGCGGGAGCUCGCCUGAGAGCACGCUCAUGGAUGGACAUACGCUCACCUCUACUGUAAUUCACUGCUUGAUUGAUCCGUUGGAGAGUUAAUCUGAGCCAGUAUCUCUCCAGACUUGAGUGGACCUGAGUCAGAGGGCAUUGUGUGGAGGCCACCCUCAAGUCUCAGCUGGGAGCCCGAAGAGCAGGCUUUACUUUUUUUUUUUUAGUAUCUUUUUGGACCCACCACUCACUACUACCAAUCCCCUGGUGUGAUUGGGGGUUUUUGGUUUUGUUGGCUCAGGAGCUCCCCCUGGAGGUCAGAGGAGCGAAAUGUGCCCAAGGAGCAGAGCUCCUUACCACCCCCCGGCCUGUGUCUGCAGGCAGAGGAGGGGCUCUGAGUAGAUCAGGCCUCCUGUCUUUCCUCCCCAGAGGACCAGUGAUUUGCAAGGGCCUCCUCUCUCUCCUGUUUCCCCACCUGUUUUGCAGUCUUAAAACCAUUGUAUAUAAUAUUCAUAUUAUAUAAAUAUAUAUAUAUGGAGAGAGAGGAGAGUGUUAGUGAUGGUGUGUAAUUUUUAUUUAUGAGAACUUGGUGGCCUUUAUUGUGAAUUUUUUCCUUUUUUUUUUUUUUCUGCUUUGUUUUGUUUUCGUGGGAGAACCUCCUGCUGGUUCCCCGUAAAAGUCUGGCUGAACGUCUUCCAUUCCCAGCAUCUCUUAGCCAGAUAGUCCCUCGUUAGGUACGUGAAGGGACGAGGUUUCGGAGGAGAGAUCACCCACUUCUUCUCCUUCUCACUGACCCUUGUUCUAAAGGUUACAGGGUUCAAACAGAUUAUUAUUGUUGUUAUUGUUAUUGUUGUUUUAUUUUUAUUUUAACCAAAGGUUAUCAGAGCCAGUUGGGCUUGGACCUCAGCUGCUGAAAAGAUUUUCCGUUUCUGGGAGGGUGGGAAACCGCCGCCCCCCCGGGCCUCCUCUGCCCAGGGUGAGGGAGGCACUGAGUGCUGUGGGCAGGUGGGCAGAAUGGAAGCCUGUCUCAGGGUGGUGGGAGGGUGACAGAGUUAAGACAGUAAGCAACAAUAGAAGUGUUUCGGGGGUAACUAAGGUUCCUGCGGUGAUUGCUGUCCAGUAGUAUUAUUUUUCCUUCCCCCCUUGUAUACAUAGGAUAUUUGUCUUUGGGGACUAGGGUACUCUGAAUUUAUCUAGGAAGUAUGGUAGUGGCAGGAGCCAGGGUCAGAUGCUGGCCAGAAAGAUCCGUCCUGCUGGUCUUCAGUAGCUGCUCUCCCUGGGGAGCAAGGAUUUGGGGCUGGUGGAUGGGGCGACAGCAAGAGUGUUAGUGACCUGCCUCCCGGGUGUGGUCCUGGGCUUUAGCCUGGCUGCCUCCCUCCCCACUAAGUUCUUUUUUUGAGUUAGUUGCCAGUGGGCCCCGCUUGCCCCCUUUGCCAUGGGCUCACAGCUUGCCAAGAAAGACCCCAACGCUCGCUGGGGCAGCACCAGGUCCAGUUGGGACCAACUGGUCCGUCCUUUGUAAAGAUGUAAAUACUUAAUUUUGGUUUUCUAUUCCUCAGCCCAGUGUCAUAUUGACAUUGGUGUUUCAGAAUUGUUCUCAGAUGGUUCUCCUGUGCUGCCCUCUUUUGCUCUCCUAUUUUGGGGGGGUUUAUAAAAAGAGAGGAUUGGGGAGGGGCAGGGAGAGUAGCUUCCUUUGGGCUCCCUGAUUGUGGAACACACACGCACACACACUUCUGAGAUUCUGAACAGGGAAAAAAAUGAUUGCCAAGUAAACACAUUUUGUUUUCUUGUGGCAAUAUGUCUAGAGGUCUCUGACUGGCCUGUCCAUCAUGGACUUAGCUCCGUGGAUGGAGCUCAGAUGACCUGGAGAAUCUUUGGCUUGGGAUGGGGGGAGAGGGUGUGGGGCAGGGGGUCAUAUAAGGUAUAACUUAAGCUAAAUGUAAUCUAUUUAUAAAGCAAGAGACUCUCAUCUAUUUUUAUGAAAGGAAAGGUUUUUUUAAAAUCUAGGGUAGGCAGUUAUGGUAGCCCAGCAUUUUUCUGUGGACAAGAUGCAUGUUGCUGCUGGAUUUAAUAUAAUCAGUACCCCUCACCUUUUCUCCUCAUCCUCACCACCUGCUCAUCCAUACCCAUGGGCGGCUUCAGCAGCGCAAAGGUCACCCCUCACCCCAUUUCUCUGUCCCUUGAUCCCCCAGCUCCCUGGCCAUUGGAAGGCUGGGGGGCGGGCAUUUGUGGUAGUGGCUGGGCAGUGGGGAAUUCAGAAUGGACUAGGGUGGUGGGAGGGAAAGGGGGUGCUGGGUGGGGGGCAAGCUCUGCUUCAGAGGGUGGGCUCUGAUUAGUUGCUCCGACUCUGGUCGGCCAAGAUCCAUUGCCAAGUCAGCUGUAUUUGGGAGAGAGCUGAGAAAUGAGUGGAAGACUUCCAGGCUCGGGGUGGGCUGUGUGUUAGGCUUGGGCAAACCCCUCACCAUUCCCCCUGCCAAGCCAUCAAAGCAGUGAGGUAAAGGCACCCUCCGCCCAUAGACUCCUUCGUGGACAUUUUCGCAUCUACCUUAUUUUUAGCCCCAUCCGGGGAGACUUUAUAUCCUGAAGUCCCAUCCCACCCCACUGUUGCUGUUUGUCUGCCAGCUGGGUUUAGCGUCAAGGGGAAGGGGGGGUUUAUACUCAUUGAAAGACUACUGACCCUACCGGAAACCAACCUGUUUACUGUAUUGUUGUAAAUAUCAUGCCCUUUAUAUCCUGUAUAUUGGCUUCUUUUAAAUAAAGUGAAAUGUCUUAGAA